AAAACGUAGGUAGGGGAAACGCUUGGCGCUGUCGAGUCUGCCGCGAGAGCCUCGAGAUGUUCCGCCAAGCAUUCAAUGCAUCACCAAAGCUCGGCAGUGACGGACGUGUACCGCGGUUCGUCGUUCGUUCGUUCGCAAGUUACGGUGCUGUGUAUGUGUGUUGCAAUUUUAUAGUGCGCGCCAUAGUUUAUGAAUCCUGCUCGAACGGCGUAAGAGAAAGAAGAACAAACGAGAGUCAGUGAUCCUCGGAGCGGAGUGGUCACAGCGGGUGGAAAGAUCGCUCUGUCCGGUACAGACACACAAACAGCCCGUUCUACCGGAAACGUAGCGUGCAGAGCAGAGCGAAUAUGGCGUCCAGCAGCGAUCGUCAACCGGUGACCGAGCGUGGCGUGUCGGUUUAAAGCGUGUGCCCGGAUCCGUUCCAGUUGCAUUGUUGGUUCCGUGUCGGUGAUGUCUGUGAUUACGCAUUGACGCAAAGUGACGCGUUGUUUCCGUGGGCUCCACCGUGUGUUCGGUGCGCUGUGUUUUGUUUUGUUUGCAAUCCCGAUCAAACACCUCAUUUCAAGCGUGACGGUGAAAUUUUGCUGGUGGAGUGAUUUCGUAUGCACGCGAGUACGCGAGUGAACGCGAAGGUGAAAUCAAGCACAAAGUGUCGUCCCCCUUAUUAAUGCGUCGUGUUUUGUGGCUGAUUUAAUACCCAAACAAGGCCUCGAAGCUGUCGUGUGCUAGUGAAAUUGUGCUGCACAGUUGGAUCCGUUGUACCAGCAGUAGAGCGUCCCAAACGGGCAAAGUGUGGCUAUCAACAACGGAAGAUGAAAUUCUAUACGGUCAUGCAAAAAGUCAGCGGUAAAUUCUAGCCCGCACAGCACCCAUCCUACCAUUCUGCAGCGUGCUAUUUCCUCUUGGACAUCAUCAGCGCCGGGGCUUGUUUUGUUUGUUCGCACUGUGCAGACGUCAUCAUUAGCGUUUUGAUUGCGCUGCCUUAGAAUGGUGGACUACUGUAAUACCCGUACGCCCGCCUCGACCGGGGCCACCAUUGCGACCGCACUACCUUCCACCUUUCGGGCGGGAAAACCGCGUCCGACGCGCGAAAAGUCUACACUGCACAAAUCGUUGGGCGAAGGAGCGGAUGCGGGACAGCAGGGGCGUGUGCGGACGGUGCGGCUCGUACGACCACACCAUGGCUACAACCAUCGAAACCUACCGAUCACGGGCAGUAACUUUGGCUUUUCAAUUCGCGGCGGACUGGAGUAUGGUACCGGAUUCUUCGUCUCGGCGAUAGAACGUGACUCCGAGGCAGACCGGCAAGGAUUGAAGGUUGGUGAUCAGAUAAUACGUGUGAACGGCUAUCAGGUGGAGGAUGCAGUUCAUCGAGAGUUGGCACAGUUCAUCGCCAACCAGGAGCGACUCAUCAUGAAAGUGCGCGGACUGGGCAUCUUGCCGAUCAAAGAACGUACAGCAGAUCCUCUCACUUGGCACGUGGUAUCAUUUGGCGUUUCGCGCGACAAACAGGAUGCACUUCUGCUAGAGGAACCGUGUGGUGGGCGUGAUCUGAAGGUGAUCCUAUCCGUUGCACCCCGGACCAAGCUGGGGUGUGGUAUUUGCAAAGGACCCGAAUGGAAACCGGGCAUAUUCGUGCAGUUCACUAAAGAAGGGGGCGUAGCGCGAGAGGCCGGACUACGGCCGGGCGAUCAGAUUCUUUCCUGCAACGGGCACAGCUUCGCCGAAGCAUCCUUUGGUGAGGCGGUGGCGGUUAUGAAAUCCUCUCACGUGCUGGAACUGGUGGUGCGACCGAGCGCUGGUUUGGAUCUGUUCCCGGGUGAAUCAAGCGGCUACAACAGUUCCGCGAGCAGUGUCAAUGGGGAUCAGAGUCCUUGCUGGGGAGAUCAAACUUCCAAGCGGUUAAGCAUCGUCCGUGAAGAGUCUAUCUCGCACGAUCGACGUCGACUGGGAGCGGUACCAGCGGUACUGGAACAUCCAACCGGCACUGAUAGCCAAUCUGCUGCACCACCUCCACCACCACCACAACCCCGAACCAGUCAGGAAUCACAACAACAACAGGUGCCCCAGCAGUCAAGGGGCACAUUGGCCGGACCGACACGCAAGAAGAACACCACCAUCAUCGAGUUCUCCGAGCGAGGUGCGAUCGUGAACCCUGAAGCGAAACAGAGUGAAACGAAAACGAUCAUUGUCGAGGUGCACCGGAGCGCAUCGGCCGGCUCGAUGGUGGACGAUGAGUCAGGCGGUGGGACUGCGGCGGGCGCGAUCAUUCCACCUCCUCCGCCCCUGUUCGCGGAUACUGUAGCGUCCAGUUCGCAACCAACGACAAACUCGACCACGGUCUCUAGCACCUCAACUCCGGAACAAGCGUCCACGGCAGCUGCAGUCGCCGCAGCCGCAGCACACAGCUUGAGCAAUGCUAUAUCUGACGAACUUCGUCGGCGGGCUCAGAAGAAAGCAACCCCGGGGGGAAUGGAUCCCGCUACCGGACCGGCGGCAGCACUGACCGAGCUAGAGAACCGACUGAAGGAGAAGAAUGUACGGUUGCGCCCGGUAACGAUGGCCAUAUCUGACGAACGGCACACGGCACUGAUGGACGAGUUCCGAGCCGUACAUAAGCGAAUGUUCAAGAAUGGAUUCGACAACGCGGAAUUGAAGAAACAAACUACAAAACCAACCGCUAACAAUGCGGACCAGAACCAUCCCACCCACGGGGACACCGGUGGCAAUGGUACGAGAAAAUCACCCAAAGGAACGAUGGGUCGUGUAGCUGCGUCCGAGAUGGCGAAAGCGAGCGGUGACAGUGCCGAGCUGGAAUCGAUCGAAUCGUUCAAGCUGAACAAUCCGCAGCCUCCGCCGGUGCGCCCACCGUCCUACUACUUCUGUCCGCAGGCCACCGGUCCGCCGACAAUGAAGAAAUCCCAAAAACCGAUCGCCGUCACGAUCAGCGAGUAUGCGACGAGUGCGGCACGCACGGAAGAAUCAACCAAAUCGACACGGUUCGAUUUUGGGCAACUUCGUUCGGCGACGGACGCGAUUGCCGGCGGUGUUGGCCCGGUGGCUGGCAUGAAGGACGCUUCCCCGAACCGACAACGUCACGCACCGAUGACGUAAAUGCAGUCCCGCUGGCUUUACGGCUUCCCGUGUGGAAGCAAACGCAUGUAACGACCAAAUAAGAUUUGAAUGAAAGUUGGAAAGAAAUAUGUCGCAGCUUUACGAUAACGUUACGAUAACAGAGCGACCCAUCGAGUCAAAACGCUGCACGCUGCAUGGUUCAUCAUAAGGUUCAUUGCUUUUUUGUUUGUUUAUGGUGAUACAAUAUGUAAAAUAUGUAUUGUAAAUUGUUGGUAAGUGAUCCAAUGUAAUUGAUCGAUUAUUAAAUGUGAUUGUGGAUAUAGAAAGUGCGA